AUGGCCACCACAACUGUCAAUGUGAUCCCCCUGGACAUGGCCCCAGACUCCUUUGAUGACCAGUACCAGGGCUGUGGCCCUGCCAUGACUGCAGCAUUGCCAGCCCUCAACCGCUCUGAGUUCGAACAGAAUGAGAAGUUUGCCCAGGUUUGGGUAAAGGCUGCGGCCGAGUGGCAGAGUCGGGGGCCCCCUGAGUCCCCUCUGACCCCAGACCAGGCCACCGCCAUCAUGGCCUUCACAAUGGACGGCCUCUGCAGCGCGUUCAAUGAUGCUGUGCGCGUGGCCGGGCGCUCCAGCCAGGAAUACCGGGACAACUUCCACUUCAAAACGCUGCAUUUCCUGCUGACCCAGGCCCUGUUGAUGCUGAGGGACACUCGGGGACCGCAGUGUCACAUCAUGUACUGCAACGUGGAAGGUGUCCAGUUCAAGGCAGAGCCCGGUGACUUUGUCCGGUUCGGUCAAUUCAUGUCAGCAUCACGGAUGGAAAGAAUUCACUGGUACUCUGGGAAUGACACAGUUUUCCAUGUGUACACGUGCCAUGGCACAGAGAUCCAGCUAUUCUCCCACUAUCCUGGUGAGGUUCUGAUCCCACCCUUUGAGACCUUUAAGGUCGUCAACGUCAGCAAUAUAGGAAAGGGGAGGAAGAUUCAGCUCCGCUCCAACGGGACCUCCAGCAACUACAACUGCGAGUGGCUGCAAGGUGGGAGUGUCUCCACGGCCACCUUCAACCUCAGAGGAUUCAUCCUGGCCACCACAGCCCUGGCAGUGGCCACUGGGAUCCUCUGA